AUGCCAAACCUUACAAAUCCAAUGAUUUAUACUUUAAAGUUUAAACCACCACCACCUCUCAACCUUCACCCACCUAUGGCUGUUUUCAGCAGCCCUAUAGUUAUUUUCCUCAUUACCACCACCACCACCAUCCUCCUCCUCCUUCCAGCACCUUACGCCACCGCUUUAUCCUUCAAAAAAACCGGUUUCAGUCCAAACGACGGUGACAUCACCUACGAAAAAGACGCGUAUCCUUCAAACAAUGCGAUACAACUCACCACAAACCAACGCGAUAUUCAUGCAUUGGCUAGCAUCGGUCGAGCUGUGUACUCCGAACCAUUACACCUGUGGGACCACAACUCCCGAAACCUAACCGACUUCUCGACACGGUUCACUUUCACCAUCAAUUCUCUAAAUAGCUCCAAGUAUGGUGACGGGAUCACGUUUUUCCUCGCACAAAACAGUUCCACGGUUCCUGAUAAUGUCACUAGGGGAAGCCUCGGGCUCAGGGAUCCCGGUCAAGAGUUGAACUCAACCGACAUACAAUUUGUUGCGGUUGAGUUCGAUGUUUUUCACAACGCGUGGGACCCGGAGAACGAACAUGUCGGGAUCGAUAUCGGGUCGAUAGAUUCGGUAAUGAAUGUGACGUGGCGGAGUAGGGUUAAAGAAGGUAAAACAUAUGAUGCAUUGAUUAGGUAUGAUUCUAGUUUGCAUAACCUUAGUGUUGCGUUCACCGGUUUCGGUCGAAGUGGUUCCCGUCUGACUCAACGGAUUUAUUACAUUGUCGAUCUAAGAGACCACUUACCCGAGUGGGUUGAAUUCGGAUUCUCCGGUGCGACCGAGAAUGCUUCCGCUAUACAUAGUAUAUUCACAUGGGACUUUAGUUCAAGUCUUGGUAUCAGUGAGGAUAUAAUGGAUCCCAAUCCCGAUCUAGUUAGUCCAGGUCUUGGGAAUCCUGUUCCCACGCCCAAGACCAAGGUUGGCUCUAAACCAACCGGUGUACUUGCUGGUUUGGUGAUCGGGAGUCUUAUCCUGAUAGGAUUGGUUCUCGGGUUCUUUAUGUGGAGAAGGAAGAAAAAAUUUGAAGUUGAAGACGACGUUUUUGUGUUAGAUACCGAAUUUGAAAAGGGUAUCGGAGCGAAAAAGUUUUCAUACAAAGAGCUGGCCCGAGCCACUAACAAUUUCUCGGAGCAAGAAAAGCUCGGGGAGGGUGGUUUCGGCGGGGUUUAUCGAGGGUUUAUCAAAGAAAUGGAUUCAUACAUCGCAGUCAAGAAAGUAUCAAGCGGUUCAAGCCAAGGAAUAAAGGAGUACGCGUCGGAGGUCCGAACCAUUAGUCGUUUGCGCCACCGAAACCUAGUCCAACUCAUCGGAUGGUGCCAUGAACACAAAGAUUUAGUACUUGUAUACGAGUUCAUGCUAAACGGUAGCCUAGACUCUCAUUUAUUUCACGGGAAAAGUUUAUUAUCAUGGCCCGUGAGGUACACAAUUGCACAAGGGUUAGCCUCCGCAGUACUUUAUCUGCACGCAGGAUGGGAGCAGUGUGUGGUGCACCGAGACAUCAAAUCAAGUAACGUGAUGUUGGAUUCGAGUUUCAACGCAAAGCUCGGUGACUUCGGGCUAGCCCGGUUUGUCGACCAUGAGAAGGGCUCGCAGACGACGGUUAUAGCCGGGACCAUGGGCUACAUGGCUCCGGAGUGUGUAAUGACCGGUCAAGCUAGCCGGGAGACCGAUGUUUACAGUUUUGGAGUUGUGGCACUAGAAAUAGCAUGUGGAAGGAAACCAAUGGAGUUGAAGGUUGCGAAAGGUAAGACGAGAAUGGUGGAAUGGGUUUGGGAACUUUUCGGGCAGGGGAAGGUUCUAGAAGCGGCUGACCGAAGACUUAAUAGAGAUUACAACGAGCAGGAAAUGGAAUGUUUGAUGAUUGUUGGGCUUUGGUGUGCACAUCCCGAUAGUAGCUUUCGACCUUCGAUGAGGCAAGUGGUCCAAGUUCUUAAUUUUCAGUCCCCGCUGCCCGAACUGCCCUUAAAGAUGCCUGUGCCAACUUACUUUACCCCGUUUUCAAAACCGAAUCUUACACAAAGUAGCCACACACAGAGCUCAGUCUCAAACUAUAGCUACGGCUAUAACACAGACUCCUCAAAGUAA